AUCCCUACAAACGCCUUGUUCUGAUGCUGUGACCCCCUUCCUCACCUGUCUCACGUGUUGACCCCCCUCCAGGCAUCAUGCUGAUCUGUGCCGUCCUCACCAACAGCCUGGUUCUGAUCUGCCUGGUUGCAGCCCACAUGGUGUCCUCGGGCAUGUCCUCGGCGGGCGGGCUGGGGGGCUUCGACAUAAACUCCAACUUCAACCUGCAGGGCACGGAGCUGCAGAAGGCGCGGGAGCUGGACAUGCAGUACAGCCAGAUGAGGGCGCCGGCCCUCUACGGGGGGAUCCCCUUCUGCCUCACCCUCGGGGUCCUCUCGCUGCUGUUCGUGGUGGCCGGGAACAAACCCCCCCACCACAUGUCCCGGAAGCUUCUGUACGGAGCACUGGUGUUCCAGGCGGUGGGAGCGGUGGCCUACGUGGUGGCCGUGGGGCUCUACCUGCACUUCAUCAUCAGGGUGAACGCCACUGAUGUGUGUCAGCAGCGCGCCAGGAUUUACGGAGGGAGGGGCUACACCUGGAUGAACUGCGAUGUGGGCGGGGGCGACGCAGCCGUGGCUCUGUUCGGGCUCAUCACGGCCAUUCUGUACGGCGUCGGCACCGUGCUCACCUUCCAGACCAUCCGGGGGGUGAGGCGCUACCUGGAGGAGAGGAAGCGCAGAGAGGCGGAGAAGCAGCAGGCCAGAGCCAACGCACAGAGAGCGCCGCUGAGGGCCGACACCACCUCUGUGUGAGGGGCAGAGAAGGACCACAGAUAGUUCUGGUAUCAUGAAGCUGGCUCACUUGACUGGGGUAUAUCACCAUGGAAACCGACUCUGCUCUGAAUCAGGUUAUGUUCAGAGCAUCAGAACCUGGAAGAAAUUGAGUAAUCAUUCCUAAAGGAUCGUCACUUGGAUAAAAGGAAUUUACAAUAAUGUGACAGAGCAUUAGAGACAUUUUUAUAGACGGAGGCCCUGAGAGGCCGUGAAGGGAUUGUUUUUCAGAACAACUUUUGUGUUCCCCUUUUUCUUUGUUUUGAAAAAUCUUGCAAAUGGUAAAUACACUGCAUUAAUCUAACCAUUUUGCAGCCUUUACAACCCCUCAAAGGGCGUUUACAUAAGUCAGCAUUCACACACACACAUUCCCCUAGUGACCUUUCAAAGCGCUGUAUAAAACCAUGGUGAUUUUGUUGUAGAUAGAUCAAUAGGGGACUAACACAAUUCAAAUGAAUGAUGCUAAUAGCUGCCUAUUAAGUGCCUUUUAAUGCUUGUAUCCUUCCCUACAGUUCAGGAUAACGGGUGUUGAGAAUUUUAAGACUCAAUAUACCCUCGGUCAAUGUUAGAGGACAACAAACAUGCACUCCAAAUAUUAAAUGCAAUAUUUUUGUAAUUUAUUUGGGACCAGUGUUGGGUUUAGUUAUGUGCUUUUUUAAUUCCAUGUCACAUUCAAUUCUUCUUCUGAUGUCCUUGGCUCUUUAGUCCUUUGUGACAGGUCCAAUAUGGGUAGAAGUACAUUUUUCAUGUGAACGGUUUGUAUGUUGGAUUGUUUUAACUCAGGCCUGGAUUUUAUAAAUGUUUAAAUGAACGUUUUUGUAUCAAUGUUUGUUUGAUAAUGCCACCUUUUUGAUAUUGAUAAUGUACAUAAAUGUAUCUACUCAAAUUAAACCUAUCAAUGUGA